AUGAGUCGUAGCUAUGGCGGCGGUGUAAGCAACAACAACAGCAGCAGCAAUAGCAAGGAUUACACCAGCAACACCGCUACUAGCUACGACGAUAGGUACAAGCAGCAUAGCGGCAACAGGGAAACAUCUUUGCGAAGUGCCAGCAUGAGUCGUAGCUAUGGCGGCGGUGUAAGCAACAACAGCAGCAGCAGCAAUAGCAAGGAUUACACCAGCAACACCGCUACUAGCUACGACGAUAGGUACAAGCAGCAUAGCGGCAACAGGGAAACAUCCCGGCCCGCGCUACGACGCAGUGCUAGCGUGUCACGGAAUUACGUCCGGCCGUCGCCGCAGGCACGCAGCAGCAGCACGACGCGGGACAGCGCCCGUCCGACUCUCGACAGAAACUCAAGCAUCCUGUCGAAGCCGACGACGAGAACGUCGCGCGACAAUAUGGCGUCGUUAAAACCCAGCGUCGCUGGUAGAGUGUCUAGACGAGAUGUAGGGUCGACGAGAGACCCUUACGGAAGCAGUGCGGCGACCGACGCGCCACCCUCGGGCUCCUACCGUAGUGCGGGAAGCACGAAGGCAUACGCUCCCCAUUACCAGCUCCGCCAGUCUGACCUCAUGCCGUCCGCCGCCACACCGAGAGCUGGACGCUACGACACGGGCAGCAGCUACGGCAGCAGCAGCGCGAGGACCCCGUCGGUAGAUCGCUACUCCACGGGAGGCAGCGGUUACUCCGGCGCAGCGAGAGAUUACUCUUUAGACAGGAGCAUCGGACGCGACAAGGGCUACGGGUACAGCACGGACGCCGACAGCACGUUCUCCUACAAGAAGGGCUACACGCCGGCCGCCGAUCGCGAUACCUCGAGAGACAGGACCGGCUACAAGGGAAGCUACGGCACGGACUACGGCACGCUUCGCUCAGGGUAUACGUCCGAUGCCGAUACGCUGAAACGAAGGUCCGGCGCCGGGUACACGUCGGACGCCGACACGCUGCGAGGACGAGGACAAGGAGUGUACUCGUCCCCGUACGCGCAGGAGCGCUCCUACAAUUCACGCAGGAAAGAUGGCUCGCCGCCGCGGCGCGAGGCGUCGUCAUACGCCAGCGACGCUCCCGUCAGUCGCGGAAAGUCGUACGCCGCGCGCCGUAGGGAGGUGUCGCCACCUAGGGAGAGAUCAAGCGGUUACGGCAGUCGCCGGGAGGUGUCGCCACCUAAAGAGAGAUCAAGCGGUUACGGCAGUCGACGAGAGGUGUCGCCACCUAGGGAGAGAUCAAGCGGUUACGGCGGUCGCCGGGAAGUGUCGCCUCCCAAGGAGAGAACGAGUAGUUACGAACUCGAAAUCUCCAUACAACGAGCCGUCGCCACGGCAAACGACGACGCCGUCGCAUCCUCCGCUGCAGCGCACCACCGCCGUGUCGAGUGCGUCGGAGAGUAG